AUGCUGGUAAAGUGCGGUUCUGUGGCCAAUUCCCCGUUCAGGGUGAACGCCUACAUCAACAGCAUGAACAAGACUCUCAAUUCGUCUGCAGUGGUUGCGCUGCGCAGUGUCUUUGUGCACUACAUCCAGCCCACAGCCACCUCGAAACUUUGUGAAUCAACCGACCGAUUACAGCUGGUAGACAGCAUUCUGUCCUACGGCAACGUGGUUCCGGCUGACGACUCUUUGGGCCAGGCGCUUGUUGCGGCCGUAUCUAAUCCCGACUCGGCCUCGCUGCCGGACUCUUGCUACGUCGUUUACGUUGUACCGCGCCCGGGAACGAUCUCGCCUUGGUCGAGCAAAGCAACAAACAUCUUCGAGAACUGUAAUUUCGGCGACGAUAUCGAGCGUGUCGAGCGUGGUGUUGCAUUCCUUCUCAAGGUCCGCAAGGGCUUUCCCUUUGACGAUUAUUUGAAUCAGGCUUCCUUCCUCGACACUCUUCAUGAUCGCAUGACCCAGUCCGUGUUCUUGCACAAAGUUGACGGUAAGCUGCUUUUCCAACAUGGGAAGCCCAAGCCUUUGGUUUCAAUGCCCCGUUCUGGUAUCGCUGAAGCCAACAAGCAGCUGGGCCUCGCCCUGGACAACGCAGAAAUCGACUACUUGAACCAGGCCUUCCCCCAUCGUGAUCCCACCGAUGUCGAACUCUUCAUGUUUGCUCAGGUCAACUCAGAACACUGUCGCCAUAAGAUUUUCAACGCCGACUGGAAGAUCGAUGGUGAGGCAAAGCAAAAGUCCCUGUUCCGCAUGAUUCGUGACACAAAUGAUGCCAAUCCUCAACAUACCAUCAGUGCAUACAGCGAUAACGCUGCUGUUAUCGAGGGCACUUCGGCAUACUUUUAUGCCCCUGAUCCCAAGACCAAAAGCUAUACUUUAACCAAGGAACAGGUGCCAUACCUCGCAAAGGUCGAGACCCAUAACCACCCCACCGCCGUCUCACCUUUCCCCGGUGCAGCUACUGGUUCUGGUGGUGAAAUUCGUGACGAGUGUGCCGUCGGUCGAGGCUCUCGUCCCAAGGCUGGGUUGACUGGUUUUGCUACCAGCGAUUUGUUGAUUCCAGAGUUCUCACAGCCAUGGGAAGCUGAUGUCGGCAAGCCUAACCAUAUUUCCGGUGCGCUCGAUAUCAUGCUUGAAGCUCCUCUUGGCGGUGCUGCAUUCAAUAAUGAGUUUGGUCGCCCUGCACUCACCGGUUACUUCCGUACCCUUAGCACUACGGUCGCUGGCACCGGUAAAGAGGCCGUUGUUCGUGGUUACCAUAAGCCUAUUAUGUUGGCCGGUGGUGUUGGUACCGUUCGUCCUCAGUUCGCCUUGAAGGAUCAUCGCAUUGCCCCCGGUGCUUCUCUCAUUGUUUUGGGUGGCCCAGCAAUGCUCAUCGGUCUGGGAGGUGGUGCGGCCUCUAGUGUCAACUCCGGUGACUCUUCGGCUGACCUGGACUUUGCGUCGGUUCAGCGAGAUAAUCCUGAAAUGCAGCGCCGUGCCCAGCAGGUUAUCGACGCCUGUAUUGCCAUGGGUGACAAGAACCCUAUUGUGUUUAUUCACGAUGUGGGUGCCGGUGGUCUCUCCAACGCUUUCACGGAGCUCAUUCACGACAACAACGUGGGUGGUGUUUUCGACAUUCGCAAGGUUCCUUGCGUCGAUUCGAGCAUGUCACCAAUGGAAAUCUGGUGCUGCGAAGCUCAGGAGCGUUUCGUCCUUGCCGUUAAUGCUUCUGACAUGCCGGUGUUUGAAGCCAUCUGUGCCCGUGAACGUGCUAUUUAUGGCGUCGUGGGUGAGGCCACUGCCAAGGAGCACUUGUUGGUUACUGAUAGCUUGCUCGGUGGCUCCCCUGUCGAUCUUGAUCUUUCUGUUCUUUUCGGCAAGCCCCCCAAGAUGUCUCGGACCUCCUCGUCGAAGCGCCCCAAGAUUGACGCUGUUUCGAUUCCUAAAGGUCCUACGGUGUUUUCAGAGGCUCUCGAUCGUGUUCUGUCUUUGCCCUCUGUUGCCUCAAAAUCUUUCUUGAUCACUAUUGGUGACCGUUCUAUUACUGGUUUGGUUGCUCGUGAUCAAUUCGUUGGCCCUUGGCAGGUUCCUGUUGCCGAUGUUGCUGUCACCUUGGCUUCCUACGGUGAGGGAGUUCAUGGUGGUGAGGCUUUCGCCGUGGGCGAGCGCCCCUCGAUCGCUAUUUCAAAUCCUGCGGCUUCUGCUCGGGUAGCUGUUGCUGAGGCUUUACUGAACCUAUUUGCUGCUGACGUCCGCUCUCUUGAUGAAGUACGUCUGAGUGCUAACUGGAUGGCCUCUCCCAAUUUUGAUGAUGAUGGCGCAGAUCUCUAUGAGGCUGUCAAGGCUCUCAGCGAAUUCUGCAUUCCUUUGGGUGUCUCCGUACCUGUGGGUAAAGAUUCCAUGUCUAUGUCUAUGAAAUGGGACAAGAAACAAGUCACAGCACCUAUUUCGGUCGUUGUUUCCUCGUUUGCGGCUGUUAGCGAUGUCCGCCGUACUUGGACUCCGCAGUUGGCUCGUGACUCUUCAGCCAAGAUUGUGCAUGUAUCUCUUGGGCCUAGUGGGCAUCUUGGUGCCUCUUCCCUUGCUCAGGUUUACAAGCAGGUUGGCUCUGAUGUUCCUGAUGUCGAUAAUAAGGUCCUCGGUGGCUUGCUAAAGGCCAUCAUUGAACUGCACGCCUUGGAUAUCGUUCUCGCUUACCACGACGUGAGCGACGGUGGUAUCAUUACCUCUUUGGUUGAAAUGGCAUUCGCUGGUCGGACUGGUUUGCAAAUUGUUGCUCCAGGUGCAGCAAUCGAGCUGUUUGGAGAAGAGCCUGGUGCUCUGUUCCAAGUCCGCGAUGUUGAAGGGUUUGCCAAGGUUCUUGCCAAGCACGGUGUCGCUGGUCGCGAGAUUGCCACUGUUGACUUGAGCUCUGAACAACUAAUUACUGUUGUCGAAAACGGUUCUGUUGUUUUGCGCUCGACUCGUGCAAAGCUCCAGAAUACCUGGUCUCAGGUCAGUUAUCACAUGCAACGUCUCCGUGACAACCCUCAAUGUGCUGAUCAGGAGCUUGCAAAUAUUAGCGAUGACGCCGAUCCUGGUUUGCUUUACAAGCUUAUCUUCGAUCUCCCUGAAAGUCUUGUUGACUCUGAGGGCCCUAAACCCCGGGUUGCAAUUUUGCGUGAACAGGGUGUCAACGGUCACGUUGAAAUGUCAUAUGCUUUCCGCCAGGCCGGAUUUGAUGCAGUUGAUGUCCACAUGUCAGAUUUGCACGGCAAGCGAUUCGACCUUAAAGAUUUUGUUGGGUUCGCUGCCUGCGGUGGUUUUAGUUAUGGUGACGUACUGGGUGCUGGUAAUGGCUGGGCUUCUAAUGUCCUUUACAACCCCGACCUCCUUGAGAUGUUUACUGAAUUCUUUGCACGUGAAGACACAUUUGCCCUUGGUGUAUGCAAUGGAUGCCAAUUUUUGUCUCGUCUGAAAUCAAUCAUCCCUGGAUGCGAGAACUGGCCCGCAUUUGUCCGCAACCAGUCCGAACAGUUUGAAGCUCGUACCGCCAUGGUUGAAAUCGUAGGUGAUGAUAGCGAUGAGUCCCCUUGCAUAAUGCUAAACGGCAUGCGGGGCUCCAGACUUCCCGUUGCAGUCGCCCACGGUGAAGGCCGUGUGGAGUUUGCCAAUGCUGCUCAGCAACAAGCGUUCUUACAACAAAAUCUUGUUGUUCUAAGAUACGUGGACAAUUAUGGUAAGCCUACUGAGCGCUAUCCUUUCAAUCCUAACGGUUCCAUCCAAGGUAUCACUGGUAUUCGUAGCCCUAAUGGCCGCGUGGUUGCCCUGAUGCCCCAUCCUGAACGUACUACCAUCGGUGACGUUGGCUCAUACCCAUCAGGCUUUGCUGUUGGUCCUUGGCUGCGUAUGUUCCGCAAUGCUCGUGACUGGGCUAGUAACUAG